UUGAUGGAAGGCUGAAUACUAAUGAGAGGCCCUUCCACAGCCGCUUCCAUGGUGGCUGCUAGUGGGACCGGGUGCCAUCUCAGACACGCACAGACAACUCACACAGAGCUUCACUGUGUCGCAAACAUCCCCAUUCCCUCCCUCCCCCUGCUGCCUCACCCUCAGUGGGGAAAGGGAGACACAGGGGCAAAGCGUGUGCGCCAUCUCAGGUCUCACUGCUACGCGGUGGAUCUGCAGUUCAGGUCAACGCACCGCACCACAUAUUGAUAUGCGUGCGUAUCUGUUUGAUCAGGGUUCUAUACGCUGGUUUGCUCAUGAAUAUGAAUAACUAUUUCACCCGGCCCUCCCUCACCCCUUCAUGCAUAUUCAUAUAUAUUUUCCGUCUAUCGUUUGGCUUCUUUACUAUGAAAGAAGAUCAAUCCUGCUAAAGCAGUGGGCUUCUCUGGUAAUAUUCUCUAGCGUUUCCUUUUAGCCUAACAGUCAUGGUGUUGAAAAUGUAGACUUUAUCAAACCGGGUUCUGAAUCAAUUGCCAGCAUGGCUCUGUAUUUACUUUGAACACAGCAUCCUUGUGAACGCAUGUGGUCAUGCAGUACACCAGCCCCUCCCCCUUAAAGGCCUGGCCUAUCAGAGUCUCUGCUGCAAGGCUCCCACUUGAAGCUUCAGUAGUACCGUAGUGUUGUUGCCCAGCAACCAGAAUCGGCACAUUUCUGGGAGGUCCUGUGUGGAUGGCAGCAGCUGAGAGAGACACACAGAAAUAUACAGACCGAGGGAGGCAGAGGAGAGAGAGAGAGAGAGAGGGAGAGAGAGAGAGAGGGGAGAACAAGAAGGAGAGGAAUACAGGGAGGAGAGAGACUGAGCCAUGUGAAUGGGGUUCGGAGGAGAGAUUGUUUGAGAACCCAACCAGAGAAGGAAGGAGGAUGCUAAGCUGCCAGCACUGCUAACACAACCUCAAGAAAUUCUGUCGCUGAUCUCUGCAAAAAGUUUCUGAUCUUAGCUGAGGUUGACGAGGAGAAGGACGAGUCAUACCUGGUGACGGCCCUUUUCUUAGACUGAGUCACUUCAAACAGCUGGACAGCUGGAAACCGGCAUGCAUCUUUUUCACCUUUUUUACCUUCCUGCACCUUUUCUACCUUCCUGCACAUAGUCAUCUCCAUGAGCGGAAAGAGUGCAGAUGCAGGCUGCAAGCGGUGACGUCUGGAGGAUUCCAAACUGACGCUCUGUGUUGAGGGACAGACAGCGGGGGACAGACUGACUAGCUGACCUGGAUAGCAGCCCCGAGGAGCCCAGCCACCAGCAGCAGCGGCAGCAGCAGCUCCCCGGCCGCCCGCCAAACCGACAGGUUAUUUUGAGAAGGUGCGUCCUCCUGACCGCUGCCUCGUCCGCCAUCAAACCACAAAGCGGGUCACCAGCUGCGACUCUGGUCAGGACGGCCCCCCCCCUCUCACAGGCCGGCCCUUUCCGAGACGGGUCCAGGAAGGGAUGUGGCGGUGGUUCUGGGCGGGUUAGAAGCCCUGCAGGCUCGGAUCCCUGGGGGGGUCGAGUGCUGGUGGAGGGGAGGCAGACUGCUGACCCGCGCAUCGCUGGAAUCUGAGGCCGCCACAGGGGGUGCGACGGAUUGGCGCGAGGGGACGCCUGUGUGAGAGUUUGUGCAAGAGCAGGACUGUGUUUGGGUGUAAGAUGCCACCUCCUUAACCAUGGCCCCGCCAGCCCUGCCCCGUGCUCUGCUGCGCUGCUGCUGCUGCUGCUGCUGCUGCCGUCCAGCUUGUUGAAGAAGGGGCCUUGUUCCGGCAGACAAUGUGGAAGUUUAAGGCGUUCUGUUUGGAUUACUGGCACGUGCUGUGUCUGCACCCUCACAACAACUUUUUCAAGAGCGUGGAAGGGGAUGGACGGCCUGGCGAGAGCGGCCCUUCCCUGGACGGCGGAGCCGGCUACGGCCGUGGACCAGUGACUCACGGCUCGGCCAUCAGCCCCGACCGCUUCGACGGCCCGCUCUACAGCCACGGGGUCCAACCGGGCCCCCAGAGGCCCCGCCGGCCCAAGCUCCAGCACUCGCAGUCCAUCCUCCGCAAGCAGGCCGAGGAGGAGGCCAUCAAACGCUCCCGCUCGCUCUCCGAGAGCUAUGAGCUCUCGGCCGACCUCCAGGACAAGCAGGUGGAGAUGCUGGAGCGUAAAUACGGCGGCCGCUUCAUAACCCGCCAUGCGGCGCGCACCAUCCAGACGGCCUUCCGCCAGUACCAGAUGAACAAGAACUUCGAACGCCUCCGGAGCUCCAUGUCGGAGAACCGCAUGUCCCGACGCAUCGUCCUGUCCAACAUGAGGAUGCAGCUCUCCUUCGAAGGCCCCGAGAAGGUGCACAGCUCGUACUUUGAGGGCCGGCAGGUGUCCUUGACGGAGGACGGUAGCCCCCUGGGGCCGUCGGACUGCGGCGACAUGGAGGCCCACCAGCAGGCCAACAUGGCGGCCCACCCCGCCCCGCAGGGGGACCUGAGCGACGCCAUCACGGAGCUGGAGGACGCCUUCUCCCGGCAGGUCAAGUCCCUGGCCGAGUCCAUCGACGACGCGCUCAACUGCCGCAGCCUGCAGGGCGACGAGGGGCCCGACCCGGACGCCAUGGGCUGCGGCGAGAUGGCGCGGGAGGCGCCCUACCAGAGGAAGUCGCACCGCCGCGGGCCCUCCCCCGGGCGCCUGCACGACGAGAUGAUGGCGUCGUACAGCGACGUCACGCUGUACAUCGACGAGGAGGACAUGGCCCCCGCCAUGGCCCGCUCCCGCUCGGGCGAGCCGCCCUCCAGCACGGAGUCGGACGUCCGGCUGCGCUCGGUCAACUCCUCCUCCCAGGAGUACUGGCCCGUGGACCCCAGGGACGAGGGCCGGGACACAGACACCAGCUGCCGCAGCACCCCGUCCCUGGAGUGCCAGGAGCAGCGGCUGCGCAUGGACCACCUCCCGCUGCUCACCAUCCAGCCGCCCAGCGACAGCUCGGCGGAGCACAGCGACCGCUCGGACCGCAGCUCGGUCAAGCGGCCCCCCGUGUACGACCCCCACAGCCACAUCGUCACGUCCUCCCAGGCCAGCCCCAAGCACAUCUCCCACGGGCCCCCGCCGCCGCGCACCUCGUCCCGGGAGGAGGACGCGCCCCUGCGGCACCGCCACCGCCAGCUGGAGGGCCACCUGGCCAUCAACGGCUCGGCCAAUCGGCAGAGCAAGUCGGAGUCGGACUUCUCCGACGGGGACAACGACAGCAUCAACAGCACGUCCAACUCCAACGACACCAUCAACUGCAGCUCCGAGUCGUCGUCCCGGGACAGCCUGCGGGAGCAGACGCUCAGCAAGCAGACGUACCACAAGGAGACGCGCAACAGCUGGGACUCGCCCGUGUUCAGCAACGACGUGAUCCGCAAGAGGCACUACCGCAUCGGACUGAACCUGUUCAACAAGAAGCCAGAGAAGGGAAUACAGUACCUGACUGAGAGAGGGUUUGUUCCUGACACCCCUGUGGGCGUGGCCCACUUCCUGCUGCAGAGGAAAGGCCUCAGCAGGCAGAUGAUUGGUGAAUUCCUUGGCAACAGACAGAAGCAGUUCAACAGAGAUGUCUUGGACUGUGUGGUUGACGAGAUGGACUUCCAGAGCAUGGAGCUGGACGAGGCUCUCAGGAAGUUCCAGAACCACAUCCGUGUGCAGGGCGAGGCCCAGAAGGUGGAGCGCCUUAUCGAAGCCUACAGCCAGCGGUACUGCAUCUGCAACCCCACGGUGGUGCGUCAGUUCAGGAACCCAGACACCAUCUUCAUCCUGGCCUUCGCCAUCAUCCUCCUCAACACGGACAUGUACAGCCCCAACGUCAAGCCCGAGAGGAAGAUGAAGAUGGAGGACUUCAUCAAGAACCUGCGAGGGGUGGACGACGGCGAGGACAUCCCCAGGGAGACCCUGGUGGGGAUCUAUGAGAGGAUCCGCAAGCGGGAGCUGAAGACCAACGAGGACCACGUCUCCCAGGUGCAGAAGGUGGAGAAGCUCAUCGUCGGCAAGAAACCGAUCGGGUCCCUCCACCACGGCCUUGGAUGCGUGCUGUCGCUGCCCCACCGCAGGCUGGUGUGCUACUGCCGUUUGUUUGAGGUGCCGGACCCCAACAAGGUGCAGAAGCUGGGCCUCCACCAGCGGGAGAUCUUCCUGUUCAACGACCUCCUCGUGGUCACCAAGAUUUUCCAGAAAAAGAAGAACUCUGUUACGUACAGCUUCAGGCAGUCCUUCUCGCUCUAUGGGAUGCAAGUCAUGCUGUUUGAGAAUCAGUAUUAUCCCAACGGCAUCAGACUGACGUCGGCCGUGCCCGGCGCGGACAUCAAAGUCCUCAUCAACUUCAACGCCCCCAACCCCCAGGACCGCAAGAAGUUCACCGACGACUUGCGCGAGUCGAUUGCCGAAGUCCAGGAAAUGGAGAAAUACAGAAUUGAGUCGGAGCUGGAGAAGCAGAAGGGCGUGGUGCGGCCCAGCAUGUCCCAGAGCUCCGGGCUGAAGAAGGAGGCGGGGAACGGCAACAUGAACCGCGGGAGUCUGGACGACACCUACGCCAUGGGGGAGGGGCUGAAGAGGAGCGCCCUCAGCAGCUCCCUGCGAGACCUCUCCGACGCAGGCAAGCGGGGGCGCCGCGGCAGUGCAGGAUCACUAGACAGCAAUAUGGAAGGGUCCAUCAUUAGCAGCCCCCACACGUGCCACCGGGCCCCCGCGCUGCACGACGGCGCGGCCCCCCGGGGGGACCAGGCCUCCCACCACCACCACCACCACCACCACCACCAACACCAACAUCAACCACAGCACCACCCCACCCAGCAGCCCUCCCAGCCCAACAUGGCGCCCGCCUCCAUCCUGGGCUCGCUGUUUGGCAGCAAGCGGGGGAAGCCGCCCUGCGCGCCGCAGGGCCACGCCCCCCUGCCCCCCACCGGCCAGCCCCCCACCGGCCAGCCCACCCUCAUCUCCCACAAGCUGCACCCGGCCAACCUGCACCACACGGCCCAGCAGCCCCCGCCCGGGCCGGGCCACCACGCCCAGUACUGCCCCACCCUCCAGCAGCAGCAGCAGCUGCAGAACCCCCCGCCCUACCACCACCACCACCACUACCACCCCCCGCCCCACGCCCAGCUCCCCCCCGCGGAGGCCGCCGCCUACCCCCACCCCCACCCCCACGCGCACCCCCAGCACAGCCAUCACGGCGGCCAGAAUUCCCACCACGCCUCGCACGGCCCGCCGGACAGACACGCGGCCCACCACCACGGCCAGCCGCCGGGCUCCAUGCCCGGCGGACCCAAAGCCAAACACAGCGGCAUCAGCACAGUGGUGUGACCAGGAGGCGGGCGAGGGAACCACGAGGGGCGGCGUGACCGCUGAGACCGGGUGGACGGAGGAGACAAUGCUAACACCAAAGGGAACUGACAGCAUUCAUUUACGGCCUGUCCACUGUGCUUCACCUGCUGCUGUGAUGGUGACGGAUCACGGGCAGCCCCCGAUAUAUAAAUAUAUACAUCUCCACUCUUCUCAGCAGGAUGCAGCUUGGAAUCGGGCUCUUGGUGUUCUGUCAGUAGGGGGCCUGGAUACGGGCCUCGCCGGGCUCUCUCUGGGUUUCAGGGGGGUGUUUCUUGCAGGAAGAGGCCACCCACCCAUUCACCUCCUGCAAAAAUAACAACAGCAAACAGUAAGCUGGCGGUGAUGGCUGAGGCGAAGCUCCUCCACACUGCUCCAUGCAUCCAAUAAGCCUGUGUCUUCCCUUCACCCACUGAGGAGGAAAGGCAGAGGGACCUCAGUCUGUCACCGCGAUGGAGUCCUAUAUUGUACACACUGUUAUUUCCGAAACCUUUUUUAAAAACAACGCUCUUAUCUCCCCAUCAUCAUCAUCAUCAUCUUCAUCAUCAUCCUCUCCAUUAUUAUCAUCGUCAUCAUCAUUUUCGAAAGCUAUUCGCCACCGCCUUCCCUGCCCAACCGCGCGUAGCCGACCAACCUUACUAUAACCAUUUCACAACCUAGCCCGGGUCAGCAGACCGGGGCUCACAUCUGCGUAGACGGACUCGGCCGUAGUAGUUCUAGUGCUGUAUUUACUGUAGAUGACAGCUAUACGUAUUGUCUCUUAGCUCAUAAAUAAAUGUGCCAAUUACUUAUGCAUAAUCUAUUUAGUCAAUAACUUCAUGUACAGUAUAUUGUGCUCUAAGUAAUUUGUAAGAUUAUACUUACAAUUAUCAAUUAAAAAUACAUUUUAUCAGUGAUAUACUGACUCUGUAACAACGAGAUGUAAACAUCAGAAGAGAUGGAACUCCCAAAUCAGCCCGGCUAACAAUCUAAUUUGGACUUGUUUUCUUUCCUUUUCUUUGGUUGUUUUUCCUCACAUUCAAUACAAAGCGCUUCGGGAUUGGCAGCUGUAGCACACUGGCCUCCAAACACCAGGCUGGUCUGUAGGAAACCAUCUCUCGGGCUGCUCAGAGUAGCCCUGACUACGCACUGCCUUUUGUAGAUAUGGAUGAUGCCAUAGGGUCCCUUGAUUCUCAGCUAACCACUCUCCACUGUGUUUUUGAGAUAAAGAGGUGAUUUAAAAGGCCUUGCCGGUGUCUUCUGUAUACCGAGACACGAGCCACUUUACCUACAGACCCAUCUAUAUAUAUAUAUAUAUAUAUAUAUAUAUAUAUAUAUAUAUAUAUAUAUAGAUAUAUAUCUGUAUGGAUCAAACAUGUUCCUGAGACGAUUGCCUUUAACAUAUGCGGCAACAAAGAAGCAGCUCUCUUCGCUCUUCAAAUCAAAAGAGUAAAUCACCUUUUUCAAUCUCGUUUUGCCUUCUGUUCUUUGUUUACAGACCGGUGAUGGAAUACUCUGUUUUGUUUCAUAUUUUUUGAACACAUGUGCAAUAUCUUAUUUUGUACAUUCAGAACACGCACGGCAUACCCUCCUGUUUGUGCGUUUCUUCAUGUUGUGUCAUAAUUUAUUUAUUUAGUUUGGACCCCCCCCCCUCCCCCCAGUAAAAAAAAAAAAGUGUCUGUGCGACUGUCCUCAUAGUUGUGGAGAGAGACAGCCUUGGAGUUCAGUGGAAUGUCUAAAUAACGUAGGUGACUUUUGCAUGUAAUGUUUAUUGUUGUUCAGCUAUCCUCUGCACAUCGUAUUACGAAUCAGUGUUACCAUAGCGAGUUUAAGUGCAAUCAUGUUCAGAAAAAUGCAGACUUGGAUUGAACGUGGAAGUGUGUCCCAUUGGUCCAGGAUGAGAUUCAGGUGAAAAGAAUAUAUAUAUAUCUUUUGCUUUCAGUUUUUUUUUUUUUGGUUCAUUUUAGAAUAUAUAAAUACUUGCAGAGUUCACAGUGGAAAGAAGAAUGUGUGUAUAUAUUUUAUUAAAGGAACAUCCUUCUCUUUGGGGCUGAACAGAAAUAUUUUGCUGGAUAAGCACACGUGAAAGAACACUUUCAUUUUUUUCAGGAAAUGCAGUUGUAACUGACUGCAGCAAUGCAAAUGAACAAAGGAACAUGGUCUAUGUAAAUAAAUAAUAACUUUCUAAAUUCUACAAAUAAAAAAGUGUCUAUUCAAAGUGUGUACAUUAGUGACAGCUGUUUGUUCCAAUAUUCAGGUUGUAAAUGUAUUUUAACUUUCACAAAGAAACUCAUUACCAUAAGUCAAGCUUAAAAAGGCGGUCACACAUUUUACUUUUUGUUACUCAUGUGAUCCUCAUGUUAUUAUAAUAGAGAUGGAGACCGCUAGGAGAGAGUUAGCAUAUCUUGUAUGGGACAGUAAUGGUCAGUUGAAUGUGUGUCUAUUAAUUUUAUAUUAUUACUAAAAACUGAAAUCAUAGUAUAAUUGGAUGAUGUUUUUUUAUGUUUCUGUUAUAGAGGUUUUUUUUAUGUUUAGAAAGUCCAUAGUCACUUCGUGUUAAGACGAUACCCCAAUAAUGCACUGCAUGGAUCUGAUGCAUAAAGUGUCCUAUUCACUGUGAGCUGACAGGAAAUAUAGAAUUCAGCCUGUAAACUUUGACCUCUUCCCUUUUUUUUUGGUUUAUAUUCAUUUGAUCGACUUCCUGGCCGUGUCCUGUUUUCACUCGCCCAUGUUGGCUGAUAUUUACUGGAGUUCAGCACUUCAGCCUGCAUUUCAUCUACACAGCCAUUGUAUUGAAAAAUGAAAGAAAAUAAUAACCAUGCACUUAAGUUGGACUGCUGAAGGUGUCCAUCUUGUAAAUAUGACACUUUGUGCAAAAAGGAUGCAUUUAUUGGAAGGUGGAGGUUUGCUAACAUGUUAAGUUGUCAAGGGACCAAGUGGGUGCAAAAUAAAAACCGAAACACAAUGUACAUAAUGUGUAAAGGAUCAUCCGUGUGCUCCGAUAUCGGCAGUGAUGACACCUCAGUGUAGUGUUGAGAAUCACAAACAUAUCCUUUGUCUCCGCCUCCCAACAAGGGUGUUCCUAGAACGUACGCUUUAGAUCGAUCCCAAAUACAGACUGUUAGUAGGGCAAUCUCCACCUAUUUUGGUUUUCCCCAAACGUACAUAGGAUCCUCAGAACACACGCGUGCACACACGCGCAUACACACAUACGAGCUCCUGUUCACACACACGCUACAAGCUAUUCUGUCAGGAGACUUUAUUUUUAAAGGGAAAGAUGAAAGUGGCCUCAUUUCUGUGUGAAUUAUGUUUGUACAGUGAAUAGUGAGUCGGUAUGACCCCAGUUAUUGUAAAACUUCAACUGUGACAAUGUUAAGAACGCAAAAUAAACAAAUAUAUGACUUAUGGUA